AUGUUCUGUCGCGCUCGUCCAUUUACAGUCCAACGGUCUUUUCGUUCUUCAGCAGUAGCUCUCAACUCUCAAAUUCGUCUAAUAGAUGAAGGCAAUAAUUCUACUUCCAACACUGACACCGAGACUCCUUCAUCCAAGCUAGAAAGCGAACCCUUGCCCGGCCUCGAGCUCGUCUCGCAAGCUAGUUCACCUCCUACCCCCAGCUCUUCGGGCCUACCCCAAGUAGUACCAGAAAACGAACUCAGAGACAUUCCCCGGAUUAAUGCUUUUGAUACUCAUCGCUUUGUUACCGCACUAGAGCGUACUUUCCCUACCCCUAUUGCACGAACCUUGAUGAGAGCCACUCGUGCAUUGUUGGUCGUACGAUUUGGGCGCGUAAAACAAGAAAUAUUCGGUGUCAGAGACCUGGACAAUCAAGCAUAUCUAUUUCGGGCCGCACUUUCAGAAUUGCGCACAGAAUUAACUAUGAGAACCCGUAGCGAAUUUGCUGCCCUACGCACCGCCUCGAAUGCGCUUCGGAGAGAGGUGGAUGCUUUGAACGGAAAGAUGAAAGAGGACAUUGCAACCUUGAAGCAUGACAUUGACAUGGACAUAAACAACCGAAAAAAUGAGACCCGCGCUGACGCUAAAGUGAAUGAGAUUGCAAUCGAGGAAUUGAAUCACCGUGCCACAAUCAAGAUCAGUGAUCUCCGUACCGAAAUUGAACAGGCCAAAUGGGUCAACGUCAGUCGGGGAGUGCUGGGCGUGCUGAGUCUCGUAUCGCUCGUCAUUGCAACCAUGGAACUCGCUCCUAAACCACCCAAGCCAGUCCCGAUCCCCACACCGACAGUAGUGGUGGAACGUGAAAAGCUCGACCUCCGCGAAUUUGAGGAUAAUGAGUCAACCAGUUAG